AUGAGAUCGUUUUACAGUUUGAUUUCUAUUCUUUUCCUCUAUCUUUUAGCUUACAACAUUUUCACCAUCUUCUGCACCCGAAUCCCUGUCCCGGCCAAAUCUCCACCGGAGACGAAUGCUUUCUUACCGGAAACUGUUCCCCAAAAAACCAAACCCCUUUCCUCUCCGCCUUUGGAACAAUCGUCAAAGCAAGAAAGAUCGAGCACGAAAAAAUCGGUUUUGCGUGAAGAUACAUACUCUGUUAUGCCGGAAAACAGAAACACGGUUUACAGCCCGAAAAGAAGGAAAAAUCAAAGGCGUGCUUUGGAGAUUCUAAGGUCGUCCGAGGACGUAUCGAAAAAUUUUGAAUCUAGAGUGUCUAAGUUCUUCUUCGAUGCCAACUCGUCGUGCGAGCUCCGUUUCUUCAUGACUUGGAUCUCCUCACUCGACUCCUUUAGCGAUCGAGAGAUUUUCUCCAUCAAGAGUUUGUUCAAAGUGCAUCCAAACGGGUGCCUAGUUGUUGUGUCCCGAUCAAUGGACACGAAAAAAGGCGCGCGAAUUCUAAGUACCUUCGCCGAAAAAGGUCUCAAAGUGACGGCAAUCUCGCCCGACUUCAAUUACUUGUUCGGAAAAACCGCGGCCCACGCGUGGUACAACCGUUUAAAUCACGGUAAGAUAAACCCGGGGCGUAUCUCCUUUGGCCAAAACCUCUCGAAUCUAGUUAGGCUCGCGGUGUUGUACCGGUUCGGUGGGGUUUAUCUCGACACAGAUAUGAUCGUAUUGAAGAGCUUUCGGGAGCUUAGGAAUUCAAUCGGAGCUCAAGCUGUCGAGCCCGUCACGCGAAAAUGGAGCCGUUUGAACAAUGCCGUGAUGAUAUUCGACAGGGGACAUCCGCUUCUUCUCAAAUUUAUCGAGGAAUUCGCGAGCACGUUCAAUGGGAACAAGUGGGGCCACAACGGGCCUUAUUUGGUCUCGCGAGUGGCUUCGAGGGUGAGUGGGGAUGUCGGUUACGAUUUUACGGUUUUGCCCCCCAAGGCGUUGUAUCCGGUGGGUUGGAGUGAGAUCGGAGGGCUUUUCGAGGGGCCGAAAAACUCGAGCCAUUCGAGAUGGAUUGUUGGGAUGCUGAGGCAGAUUAGGAGGCACAGCUUUGCAGUUCAUUUGUGGAAUAAGCAGAGUAAGGUGUUGAGGGUCGAACAAGAUAGCAUUAUUCAUCGCUUGAUGUUUGAGUUGUAG